ACACCCGCGGCUGUUAGGUGCGAAUGAUACUCGUGAGCAGCGCGGCAAUGAUCGCGAGAGAUACCGCGCUAUCAGUGCGCGAUUAGAUACCGACGCGCGCGCACCGCGCCGCCCGGCAGACGACAUGGCCGUGAAGGAUCGACUGGCCGAACUUAGAAAUGCGAGUGCGGCGCGCGGCGUGUACCACGACACGGUGGAGAUCGGCGAUGCGGCCGUUGCAGACGAAGACAUCCGCCAGACCUUCAGUGAGGUGGAGCGUCUGCAAGGCUGGCUGCGCGAGCUGGCCGGCAACACGCUGCUGCUGAGGAGGCUGCACGCGGACCCCACCUUCCACGCCAGCAGAGGGUUACAAGACGAGUUCGACUCGAUCGUGACUCAGUCGAACGCGCUGGGCACCAAGCUAUGCGGCGCGCUGGUGCAGUUGGAAGCCAAGGCGCGGUCGGGCCGCAACGACGCGCGCGCGCGCAUCUGCCGCCUGCAGUACGCGGGCGCGCGCCGCCGCGCCGCCGACGCGCUGGCGGACCACCAGCGGCUGCUGCAGGCGGCGCGCGACCAGCAGCAGGACCUGCUGCAGCAGCAGAUCAAGCUUACAAACUUGACCAUUUCUGAUGAAGAAUGCGAGGCCUUGCUCGACUCAAAGAACAUAUCCUUGUUUGUUGAUAAUGUGAAGGCUGAGACGGCGCAGGCGCGGCUGGCGCUGCGCGCGGUGGAGGCGCGGCGCGACGAGCUGGCGCGCGCGGAGGCGGCGCUGCGCGACGUGCGCGACCUGUUCGUGCGGCUCGCGCAGCUCGUGGCCGAACAGCAAGAGCAGAUCGACAGCGUGGUGCACUUCGCGCUGGCGGCGUCCGACUUCGUGGAGAGCGGCGAGCAGCAGCUCAUGCGCGGCGCCGUCUCGCACAGGAAGGCCAGCCGGGUGAGGCCACCUUCCGCUGACCUGACACGAGGCAGCUGCACUUCCAAACGUGACAAUUUUCUCAAAAAAAUUCACCUAAUCAUUUGUGUGGUGAUCGGGUUCGCUGUGGUGUUAUUAGUGCUGGUGAUCACGUGAUCAUAGUUAUAACAGGCCUGGAUCCGACCUGAUGAAUGACUAAUUCAAGUUUGAUAAAGAAACUAUCUAUGUUCAGAGCGAGGCGAACUGCUUUGCGCUGCCCAACGUGUUUGGAAUUAUGUUUGUCCUGCAGUGACGCAUUUAAUUAUAAGUAUAUUAAGUAACUGACCAAAAAUAAAAAGUGAAUCAUUUGACACUAAUCGCACUAUUGAGAGAUUGCUGAGAGCUGAGAGCCAUUGAGCGGUUUCCAUCUAGUGUAAUGUCACAAAUUAAUGUUUGUAUGAAGUAAAAGAUACUUAUUGUACGUAUCAUACCUAAAUAAUGUAAAAUAUAAGCUAGUUGUUAUUUAAGGAAAAUAUAUACAUAAGUUAAUUAUAGUUGAAAUAUUCGUCAUUUGAUACAGUUCCUAAAAUCAUUCUGAAAUGCAUAAAAUAAAUCACUAAUUUCUUCUUCUUCUUUAUCAAACCUUGUCAUCUUCGGAGAGUGAAAGAAAGAGGUGAGAGUAUGUUUUGUAAGUGAAAUUUUUGACCUUGACGUAUUUAUACUGUAAAUUUAUGCAGAAGUUGAAAUUUGUCAGUAACAGUAAUUAAUCCAAGGGCUCUUGUUCAUAAGGUCUCUUUUCAAAAUGUCCGUAUUAUGGCUCUUGCAAAUUUAUAAGGUUUGCCUGACUAAGAAAAGUACCUAUCAUUAAAAUUGCUUUUAGGAGAAUUUAUAACUUGAACCCCAAAUUUAUGUACUUUUAUGCUUUGUUUAUUUUUAUUAAUUUUUAUAUGUCCUCUGUAUGUUACCUUUGUGAAGGGUCAAUAAAACAAAAACAAAUUAUCAUCGUCAUUGCCAUUCGAAACAAGUCAGGCGCUUAAUAUAUUAGUUUGCUGUUGGUCGUAUGUUUCCUGGAAGUGGACAGAACCACUCCAAUUUUCAUAAGUAAAAGCAUUAUACGAUAUUAUGUUGUGUGCCCGGCGGCCGCCGCAGGGUACUGGCGGAAGUUCCGGGACCUGUUACGGCAUUCACAUAUAAGGUUACUUUUGGGUAUUCCUACUUAUUUUGAGUACACUAAUGUGAUCUCAUAAUAAAUUAUUUUUUCUUUCUUCUUUCUUUACUAACAUAGUAUGAAGAGUUCUUAUGCAGAAUAAAACCUUGGCCAAAUUAUUUCCACAAUCCCAAAACUUUAAAUUGAAGCCAACAGUUGAGGACGCGACGAGAAGGUCACAGAUGACACAAGAGUGGUAACAGAUGAUACAAGAUUGGUCACAGAUGAUACAAGA